CCACAGAGAGCUCAGUCCUGACUGUGGUUCCACUGCUCAACCCUCCACACUUUACUGGCCUGCUUUAUCAUCAUCAGUUUGAGGAAAUAUUUUGAGUUUUUUUUCUCUGAAUGAGCCUAUUCUGACUCCAAUGGAGGUGUAAUAGAGAUUCGUACAAGGAUGAUUCCUGCUAUUAAAAUAUGUCCAGUUUUGCUGUGGGAUGAUGGAUAAUCAACCAAACACAAACCAUACUAUGGCCACUAGUGACCCAGACACUAACAGUGAACCCCAGCCUGGUGACCUCAUCGAGAUCUUUCGACCAGCAUAUCAGCACUGGGCCCUGUAUCUAGGAGAUGGAUACAUCGUCAACCUGACACCAGUUGAUGAGACCCAAGCAGCCGCCAUGUCCAGCGUGAAGUCAGUGUUCUCUCGGAAGGCUGUGGUGCGGAUUCAGCUCCUGAAAGAUGUCGUGGGGGAAGAUACGUUCCGUAUCAACAACAAAUAUGAUAGCAGUCGGACACCUUUACCCGUGUCUGAGAUCAUUGAGCGAGCUCAGCUACUGAUUGGUCAGGAGGUGUCAUAUGACCUGUUGGGCAGCAACUGCGAGCACUUUGUCACCCUGCUACGAUAUGGCGAGGGUGUAUCUGAGCAGGCGACACGUGCUAUCGGGGCGAUAAGUUUGAUGACAGCGGCAGCGAGUGCUUUCUCUGUGCUUGGUCUCAUCAACACUCGCAACAGGAACAGACGUUUCUGAUGUUACUGAAAUUCACCAAUUCAAACUUUUAAUUAUAUACACACUGAAAAUGAAUGAAAUCACAUGACUCUAAGUGUGUGUUGGAUUUAGUGCUAAUUAGUUUGCGAUAAUGGUUGAGGCUUUGUUCUUUGACACAAUGUGAGGACUGUUUUAUUUAUUUAAUGUGUAUUAAAGUAUAUAUUCAGAGGUGGACAAAGUACCCAUCUUCAUUACUUAAGUCAAACUACAGAUCCCACUGGUCAGAUGUUACUCCGAUACAAGUGAAAGUUGUACAGUCAAAUU